AUGAUUUCUGAGAUAUCCUUUAUAUAUGGUUGGUCACAAGAAUCGAGCAUACUCACUCAUGAAUUUUUGCCGACUACUAAUCAAGAUAAUUUUACUAGCAAUUCCAAUGAUAAUCUACAUCAUGAGAAAAUUCUCCGCAACGAUAAUGAUGAUGAUGAUGAUAAUGACGGUGGCAGCUGUCGUGGUGGUGUUGGUGUUGUUGGUGAAGGCUUAUUUGGAUUCAAAGGUUCAAAUCCAACUAGUUGGUUAGAAGAUUCAAGAACAUCAGAAUUACUGAAAAAUUCACUAGAUUUACGUGAAGCUGGUCUACUUGAUAUACGUGAAGGUGAAAAAUUAGAAGUGAUGUGCAUUUAUAUGGAGCCUAGACUGCUGGUGAGAAAUACAAUUGGAGAAUAUGGUUUAGUACGUCAAAGUGAAGUACGAAAUAUAUGA